UUUGAUCCGUGUGACUGGGCUACCUUCAAUUAACCACUUGUUGUCUUGUGCCUCACUUAAUUACACAUCCAUGUCGGUUAAUUGAAGUUAAUAUGUGUAAUUUGAUUAUAUUAACGUUAGUAACGCUUGUGUCCGCUGUGGAUAGGCGAUUCUGUCCUAACCUACAUCCUGUACAUGAUUUUGAUGAAGAAGCUGUUCUCGGUUUGUGGUAUAUUCACGAGUAUAUUUAUCAUGAUUUUAAUGAAACUGAGACAGAUUAUAAUCCCUAUUGUCCGAUUGUACAAAUACGAAAGUUUGAAGAUUAUGUACAUGGUGGACUGAUAAGUAAAGAUCUUCCCACGCCGCCCACGCCCUACCCGCCCUUGACGAACUCGCCCUACGUAAAUAAGGCUUAUGGACUCCCUGAACAAUACAGGAUCAGGCAUUUUGUACUUGAAUGGCAUGAAGGGCUAUGGCAAGAUGAUUAUCACAUCAAAGUCAACACUUCACACAAAGGAUUCUGGCCCACCGACGUGCCAAACGGAUCUGUGGAGACAAUGUACAGAUUCUUCGGGGGAGUGAUACAAGUACUGAAGGUGUCGCACAAUCAUCUCGUCCUCAACUUUUGUAUGAGACUGCCUCACUCUCAAAUGUACAGUGUCGUUCUUGCCAGAAACGAGAACCAGUUAACGCCAGAAGAUCUUGCCAGUAUUCACAAUAUAUUUUCUAUGAAAAAUCUUUCCACCUCUUCAUUAAAACGGGUGUGUGAAAAUUCAGCCUCAAACCUGAAUUUCUCAUUUUAUUCUAUUAUUGUAUGUAUUUUUAUAUUUUUGAGAUCGCAAUGAGAAAUAUAUAUUAUCGUAUGCUUUAGAAAAUAUAUUUUAUU